CACAUGUUUAUAAUGUUGUUUUGCUUCUUAUGUGUUAAUUUUGAGCAAAGUCUGUACUUUGAAUACGUGGAUCUGUGCUCUACUUGUUUUUUUUCUCUUGGCUUUGUUUUUUUUAUGAAGAAAGUUAGGAUUUUGUUAUUUUUUAGUGUGUGUGUGUGUUUUUCUUGCUUGUUUAUUUUUUUUUUCAUUUAAGUUAUGGUGGUUGUGAUGUGGGUUUUGAUUAUUGUGUUUAAAGGACCUUCUUGUUGGAUGUGGGGUGUGUUAUGCUGCUCUUUGAAGGUGCUGUUUUAUGCUAGGGUUUGGACUGAUUUUUGUCUUUGUUUAUUUUGCUUUCUUGGUAAUUGUCUAGUUGGUGCCUCUUUUGCUCUUCGUCUGUGUAUUUGGCUUAUCUGUUUUUUUUUCCUCUUAGCAUAUGAUGGUAUUUGGCUGCUUUGUUUUGUGGAUAUAAGUUUGAUAUUGAGCUAGUUUUUUUUGUUUAUUGAGUAUGUCUCUGUUACAAACUUGUAAUGUGAGGUGGUAGGAUCUUAAAAGAGAAGUAAUUUUUAUUUUUUCUGAGGGUCGAGAAAUCAGAGAGGUCAAGUUGCAGGCACAUUAAUAGGAAGAUGUUCUGUGGUCUGCAACAAUUAUUUAUUCACAGUCUGAUGGGUUCUCUGCCUAACGGAUCCAGUGUCUUGCCAGAAGAGUCAGGCACAAGUCAAGGGUGUCCUUUGACUGAGCUUCACACAAAGAAGAAACCUGAUCCUGAUAAUCAAGAUGGCAGUGAUACUGAGGAUGAUGAAGGGGAUGAUGACGAUGAUGGCCAAGAUGAUCAGGAUGAUGAUGAUGAUGAUGAUGAAGGUGCUGAUGAGGAUGAGCCUGGCAAAGACAGCGAGGAUGGUGGGGAUCCAGAGGAUGAGCCGGAAGCCAAUGGUGAUGGUGGCAGCGAUGACGAUGAUGACGAAGAUGAUGACGAUGAAGAUGAUGACGACGACAAUGAUGAGGAAGAAGAUGAGGAGGAGGAGGAAGACGAGGAAGAUAUUCCCCAGCCACCAGCUAAGAGGAGGAAAUGAGGCUAAAAUCAUCUUUUUUCAUAUUUUGUUUUACCUUUCUUGUUAGGGUGGGAGUUUGGGUUAAAUAGGGAGUGUAGACUGGGAGGAUUCGGGGUGUCUUAUCUGCAUCAUGGUAAAAAAGAUUGUGGUAUUUUUGUGGGACACAUCUUGGUAUUUCUAAUGUUUAGAAUUCUGUAGUAUUUAUUCACAGUUGCAUAUUUCCCUGUGUUA